AUGCCAAUGGCAGAUUCAGAGCCUGUGAUGCACCACUUGGAUUUGGAGUCCCUACGGGGACCCAAAUAUGUAUUCACCCCAGGGCCAAACGGUAUCCCUGACUGUACAGACUGGCAUGCAUGUCGUGUUUACAUGGACUCGUUUAUCCUGUAUGCGAUACCAGUGGCCAAUGAAGACAUUUCGAACCUUAGAACAAAGGUAACAGUCGAAUUGUUCAAGGUCCUGAUGACGGACCGAAUUACGUGGGCAGCGGAUGACUGGGUCAACUGCAUCGUUGACUUCCACGUCUGGGAUGAAAUUUUCGAGCAGUAUGCUGAACCAGACGAACGGCCACAGUUCCCGUGGAAGAUAAUACCCCACGAUCAAUCCAAACCAGUGUCACUGAUGUACAGGAGCUGGAGAGAAAGUCUCAAUCUAGAAUUCGAUAUGACAGGGCCCAUAAAAGACUCAAACACAUCUAAGGGUACAAUGAACGCCGUGGAAAACUGUUCCUUCGAACUUCACUGUGACGUUUUGAGAACCAAGUUCCCAGAUCUUCACUUGGCAUACGGUAUCGAGCCGACUAUGGCGAAUGAGGAUGGCGAUACAGGCACAGACCUAUCUCAUCCCGCUCAAUACCCAUUGGUUUUGCCAGCGCCGCCUCCCUCUCCGCCGCCCAGAGUUGUUACCAGCUCACCACUCGAGGUACCUUGCGCUGACCAUGCAGGUCAGUCGCGAGUCCCUCCCGCUGGCCAGAGCGAGCCGACGAGCGACCAAAGUGAGCCUCGAGACUCGGACCACAUGAAUAUGGAUGAAGUGGUGAUGCACCCAAUCCUUAAAAAAGUUUGGGACGAGGAGGUGGAGAGAGGAUACUGGAUGAAAUCCGCAUUGGUCGUCUCUCCAUUUGAGAUCCGGCUUCCCCCUCCAAGCAUCACGAACUUGAUCCUACCUACACGAGGGAUCAUUCGUACAAUGAAUAUGCAAAACGCGGGUAUGGUCUAUAUCGUACGUCGAAGUGAGAAUCCCAAUGGUGUGACGAUCGCCAUUUCUCUACCAAGGUCCAUGGGGUCUAGACUUUCAACACAAAAGAGAGAAACCAUAUUGGUCGCUUGGAAAUGCAUUGUACGAUGGGUGACUGUCAUCUAUUGCACUGGAAUGGUCCAGUGGGAGACAUGGGAGUUCCUAUGGUCCCAGAAUCUGUACCGCCCGAUGCUGAACUCGGCAUCACUUCAUGAAGCCUUUCUUCAUCUAGCAGAGGCAGAGAACCAGGCCAAGGAAAUCCUAUUGAACGCUGCCCAUAACGAUGGCAGGAGCGUGGCUGCGACUUCAAGGCACAAUUACCUGGAAAACCUGGCCAAAGCGGCAGCUCUUAAUAAAGACGCCACUGACGCAUUGACCGAAAUCCUGGCCCGUGGUGGCGAUAGCUACGAGGCAAAGGGCCUGGUACUAGAUGCGAUUUGUAGAUACGCAGCAUCCUUCAAGGUUACUGGCAGAGACAUAGAGCAAGUUGACGUCUUCUUCCAGAUUAGCGCGCUUGCAGUAUACGCAGUAGCUAAUAGCCCCUUGGAAGAGAGCGUUGACUUUCCAGUAGCCAAUCGCUUGUUUCUUAAAUUGCAGGAACUUGCAUAA